AUGGCUCCAUACGAACAAUUCCCCAACAACAAAAAAAUCAUCUUUGUCGGAAAGAUGGGCACCGGCAAAUCCUCCCUCACCAACAUGCUCGUCCAAGGCGAUCUCUAUACUCAAAACAUCCGGGAAGUCAGCGACAGCGCUGCCAGUGUCACAUCCGAGGUCAAGGUCGUCGAUGGCCGCAACUGGACUGCUUGCGACACUGUCGGCCUUGGUGAGAUGCAAGGAAAAAGUAACGAGUCUGCAGACCCUGCUAUGCGACUACUCGUCCGCGUCCUGGAAGAAGGCCAACGCGGAUUCCACUAUAUUGCCUACGUGAUCAAGCAGGACCGCUUGCAGACCAAGGAGCACUACGAACUCUUUGAACUAUUCAAGGCGACCUUCCAAGGUGCCGAAGAUAAUUUUAUCUUGGUAGUAACCCACUGCCCCAACCCCAAGUGGGUCACCAACAACCGAGAGAUCAUUACCCAAACUUUUGGCAACAUCCCCGUCGUCACCUGCGAUUUUCCUUUUGAUGCUGACGAUAUUUCGUACCGAAGGCAGGAGCGAUUAGAUUCCUUGCCAAAGUUUGAAGCACAGUUGGCAGCCCUGCCAAGGUCACCGAUUGUUCUCAAGUUGUCCUUCAAGGAGACUGCCACCGUGGUGGUUCAGCAAAAGUUUACAAACAGCUUGGAAGAGUUUUUGAGGGUUGGAAAGAGUAUUGUGGAACUUGUUCUUAGUGUCUUGAUUCCGUUUCUGAACGUUUACAGUUGGUGA